GGAAACAGUAGGUGGCGGUGUGGGGAGCGGAUCACUGAACAACACGACGACGAAGAAGAAGAACGAUUCAUUUUCUGUUUACUUCUGAUACAGAGUAAAAGACGGUGAGAGCUUACACGGAUAUGUCAGUUUUCCCUCAGCUUUCCAUGAAUCCAGAUGUGCGAGAACAUCUUCGCAGUGUUUAUACAAACAACGAGCUGGUGUGUGAGUCUGGAGCAGAUGAGGCUGAUGUGGUGUUUGAAGCGCUGCUGUCCUGUCUGUCUCAUCCGCCUCUGUUCACCUGUCUGAGAGCCAGCACACACCUGCACUCACUUCAGGACGUCCAGCUCCGGCUCCAGCAACAUCUAGCACAGCAGGAAAGAUGUCCAUCGGUUUACACUCACUCACAGCUUCCAGAUGUUCUGCUGCUUCCAGUCCACGGCCCUCGACCCGUGGAUCCUCUGGCCUCUGAAGUGAUAGUGGGUGCUCAGUGUGGUAAUGCUGUCCUUCGAGGAGCUCAUGUGUUCACGCCUGGCAUCCUCAGCACGCCAAAGUACUUGAAAGUGGGCGAGGUGGUGUCUGUUUUCUCUGAUGUGGAGAGGAAGUGCACACGCGGAGCCAAAGAGUUCAAAGGCAAGAAGGUGUUUCUGGGUAACGGGAUUUCGGAGGUGGAUCGCUCGGAGAUAUUCGGCUCAGAUGGACCCGGGAAGGGUGUCGCGGUUCGAAUGACUGAGCCUCUCUAUCAAAGCCCUUCCUUUGAUGGUGUUCUCACAGAUCAGCUCUUUCUGCAGAACCUGCCGUCUGUGGUCGUGGGUCAUGUUUUAGGACCUCGUCCGGGAGAGCGGAUCCUGGACAUGUGUGCCGCUCCUGGAGGAAAGACCACACACAUCGCUGCUCUCAUGGGAAACCAGGGUACUGUUGUGGCCUUGGAAAAAGUCCGAUCCAAAAUUGAAAAGAUGGUUCAGAACGCAGAGAAGCUGCAGUUGGACUGUAUUAAAGCAUACUGCUGUAACAGUGUGAAUGCGGUGAGCUCAGAUCCCGCUCAGUGCAGUGCAGACGGUCCCCCGUAUCCUGAGGAGAGUUUCGACCGGAUAUUAUUAGACGCUCCCUGCAGUGGUUUGGGUCAGAGACCCAACAUGAGCUACAGCUGCAGUCUGAGAGAAGUCUGUUCCUACCAGCCUCUGCAGAGAAAACUCUUCACUACGGCUGUGCGUUUGUUGAAAAGAGGAGGUGUUUUGGUGUACAGCACCUGCACCGUGACGCUUGCGGAGAAUGAAGAGCAGGUGUCCUGGGCUCUCAGGACAUUCCCCGGUCUAACACUAGAGCCACAGCUGCCUGUUUUAGGAUCGGAGGGGAUGUCGGGAGCGGGUCUGUCACGUGACCAGCGGCGACUGCUUCAGAGAUUUAGACCAGAAUUAGUUUGGAGAGGAGCAGGCGUCCCACAUUCCCCCGAGAGCCUCCUACACAACGCCAACGCAGAUACUAUCGGCUUCUUCAUUGCCAAGUUCAUGAAAAGGUAGAAAGCUGAAGAAGUAUGGCACUUUUGUCUGCUAAACUGUUGAAUGCAUCAAAGAUAUGUUGUGGGUCCGUUGACUUUUAUCGUAUGGACAAAAAACAGACAUUUUUAAUAAAUAUCAGGCGAGGUGAUGUUUCUGCAGCAGGUUUUCGUGCACUUGAACCACUUAUUUGAAGCACACAAUUUAAAUGACAUAGCGUAAAAAUAUUGCUACUUAUUAAUCCUCAGAAAGGAAACAGAAGGUUAUGUAAACGCCAUCCUUGUAAAUUAUUAUGCCUUUUCUGUAAUUAUAUAUUUACGCAUUUCCCAAAAUGACUAUUUAAAAAGAUAAUCUGUUUCAAAUGCUUACUGGUUUAAUGUAGUGUAUUGCCUUUACGAGCAUCAAAUAAUGUUUUUAAUUUUUCAUAAUGGGUAUAAUUGUCAGUAUGUGUUUCACUACGUGAACAACCAUCAAAUAUAAAAAACAGAC